AUGUAUAAAAUGGAGUAUUCUUACCUAAAUUCCUCUGCCUACGAGUCAUGUAUGGCCGGGAUGGACACGACGAGCUUGGCAUCGGCCUACGCGGACUUCAGCUCUUGCAGUCAAGCCAGUGGGUUUCAGUACAAUCCCAUCAGGACCACUUUCGGGGCCACCUCCGGCUGCCCGUCCCUCACGCCGGGGUCCUGCAGCCUGGGGACCCUGCGGGACCACCAGAGCAGCCCGUACGCCGCAGUUCCCUACAAGCUCUUCACGGAUCACGGAGGACUGAACGAGAAGAGGAAGCAGAGACGCAUCCGGACCACCUUCACCAGCGCCCAGCUGAAGGAGCUGGAGCGGGUCUUUGCUGAGACCCACUACCCGGACAUCUACACCAGAGAGGAGCUGGCUCUCAAGAUAGAUCUGACUGAAGCCCGAGUGCAGGUUUGGUUCCAAAACCGACGUGCAAAGUUUCGCAAACAGGAGCGAGCAGCUGCAGCGGCCGCAGCGGCUGCCAAGUCCAACUCCGGGAAGAAGUCCGACCCCAGAGACGAUGACAGCAAAGACAACAAAUCCACCGACCCGGACAGCACAGGAGGACCGGGCCCGAACCCCAUCAACACCUCCAACUGCGGAGGACCGAGCCCCACCGGAGGCCAGGUGAACACCACCGGGAACGGACAGAUGGAGCAGGUGAAGACCGCAGUCUCCAGCGGCAUGGGGGUGACAGCGGCCAGCCAGGGAUGGGCCACCGCCCCGGGGACCAUCACCUCCAUCCCGGACUCGUUGGGAGGGCCCUUCGCCAGCGUACUGUCGUCUUUGCAAAGACAGAAUGGAGCCAAAGCUACUUUAGUAAAGACCAGCAUGUUCUAG